AUGGCGCCGAAGGCGAAGAAGGAAGCCCCUGCCCCUCCCAAAGCCGAAGCCAAAGCAAAGGCUUUGAAGGCCAAGAAAGCAGUACUGAAAGGCGUCCAUAGUCAUAAAAAAAAGAAGAUCCGCACGUCACCUACAUUCCGACGGCCCAAGACUCUGCGUCUCCGAAGGCAGCCCAAAUAUCCUCGAAAGAGCGCCCCCAGGAGAAACAAGCUUGACCACUAUGCCAUCAUCAAGUUCCCACUGACAACCGAGUCAGCCAUGAAGAAAAUAGAAGAUAACAACACUCUUGUGUUUAUUGUGGAUGUCAAGGCCAACAAGCACCAGAUCAAACAGGCUGUGAAAAAACUCUAUGACAUUGACGUGGCCAAGGUCAACACUCUGAUCAGGCCUGAUGGAGAAAAGAAAGCAUAUGUUCGACUGGCUCCUGACUACGAUGCUUUGGAUGUUGCCAACAAAAUCGGGAUCAUCUAAACACGUCCAGCUGGCUAAAUCUAAAUAUACUUUUUUUCCACCAUA